AUGGCAAACCUCAGGACCGAAGCUGAGAGUUUUAAAGACCUCAGGACCGAAGCUGAAAGUUUUAAAGACCUCAGCACCGAAGCUGAGAGUUUUAAAGACCUCAGGACCGAAGCUGAGAGUUUUAAAGACCUCAGGACCGAAGCUGAGAGGUUUAAAGACCUCAAGAACGAAGCUAAGAGUUUUAAAGACCUCAAGAACGAAGCUAAGAGUUUUAAAGACCUCAAGAACGAAACUAAGAGUUUUAAUGACCUCAAGAACGAAGCUAAGAGUUUUAAAGACCUCAGGACCGAAACUAAGAGUUUUAAAGACCUGAGGACCGAGGUCAAGACUUUUGAAGACCUCAGAUCCGAAGUCAAGACGUUUAAACAACAUCUAAGUGCAAGAUGCCCCCACCAACAGCCCAGUAGAUCCAUCACGCUCACACACCAUACCUAA